UGUCAGGCGCACACCAUCCUUUUAAAAAGGGCGUGAAAAAACUGUUAAAUUCCUUGAUCAUGAUUUUGGUCACUUGGACCAAAUUUAGGCUCGCUGUAUUAUUGUCCGAUUUUUUUUUUUAACUCAAACUUGAAAAAUCCAGGAAAUGUAUGAAUAUCGGAAAAUUUGGGAUUCAGUUUCGGGAAAUUUGUAUUGGAUCUGUGACUUUAUUUGGAGUGAGUUCUGUACGAUUUUGGCCAAAUCCUUACGCUACUAGAGCUCGAGAGGGAGACAAUCUUUAAUCUGCGGAGGAUUUCCGUGGACGUCGGAUCGCGGACAGCGGUACGGUUGGAUGAUUAAAAACAAGUUUUCUUGGUCAUGUUGGUUGUAAAUCACCGAUUGUCAUUGAUCAACACCUCCCUCCGUUUUCGUUUUGAUAUUUGUGCAGGAACACUUUCAAUAGAAUUGUACUUGAGCAAAGGCAAUCACUGUGGAUUUAACUGGCAUCUUUCAACAUCCCAGAGUUCAAAUCUAUUAAGAGAGGCCAUGGUAAGUAAGAGACCACAGACCUUGGCUGUGCAUUAUGACUGAGAAUGAUGGAGGCAGGUAUGAAGAAGUAGAAAUCAACGGUAGCGAGGAUCCCACCAGUACUCUUCUGGAAGAUACUCAGACCGAAGCCAACGGCAACACCUCCACGCAUCAACCAGUGGCAUCGUCAAGACGCUCUAGUGCAAUGUCUAACGCGAUUUCCAUCCUGCGCUUUUUUAUCCUGUUGCUGCUGAGAGUGUGUCUCCGUUUCUGGAAGGUGUGUGUCGCGGAACUCUUGAUUGUAGUCUUGGUCUUCUGGAUGUAUGGAGGGGUCAUUGUUUUCUUCCUCAUGCUUGCAGCUCUUCUCACUGUGGUAUAUAAUAUGCAAGACUUCCUCCUGUACUUCCCUGACAACCCCAAGAUGUCAACUGUCUUCGUCCCAUCAGCAGCCAUCUUGGAACUUCCGUACGAGAAUCUAACUAUAAAGACAUCAGACUGGGUCAAAAUUAGUGCAGUUUUAUUCAAGCAGCCUCCGGACAGAGCGGCAAGAUCACCUACAAUUCUGUUUCUCCAUGGCAACGCUGGAAACCUUGGACAUAGAUUAUUUAAUGCUAAGAUGCUUUAUACAGUGUGCCAUUGUAAUAUCCUAUUACUUGACUACAGAGGGUACGGUAGAAGUGAAGGAACUCCAUCAGAAUCAGGUCUAUACACAGACGCCCAAUCCGCAUUGGACUACCUUCACACGAGAAGAGACAUUGACCCGACGCAACUCUUCAUCUUUGGACGAUCACUAGGGGGCGCUGUUGCAAUCCAUAUAGCAUCACAGAAGAUGAACACAGGGAGGUUAAAGGGGGUUAUCAUAGAAAACACCUUCACCUCAAUACAAGAGAUGGGUAGCCAUUUAUUUGCAGGAGCAGUCAGCUGGAUCCCACUUUGUUUAGUCAAGAAUAAGUUUUUAUCAAAUAGGAAAGUAUCAUCUAUACACACAUCAACCAUGUUCUUAGCCGGUACUGUAGAUGAGCUAGUACCCCCUAAAAUGAUGAAAGAAUUAUUUAUGAGAUGUAGAGCUCCAAAGAAGUUCAUGUAUUGUUUUACCGGAGGGACACACAACGAGACGUGGCAUUGUGAGAACUACUUCCAAACAAUCAGAGACUAUAUAUGGAAAGUCCCUGGCAGUAGAAGAGGAGAUAGCAGCUACAACCCUCCACACUCUAACCACCCACAUCAUCAUCAUCAUCAACACCAUCAUCCACUCUCAGGAAGUGCAGUCCCUUCCAAUGCAUCCGUAGCCUUCAAUGCAUAAUGAUACUCAAACAGCUCUUAGUUCUCAGAUCCAUCUCACUCCGGUUGCAUAGAAAUCCUUCGCCAUCCAGUGUAAAUUACUUCCAUGAUAUCCUUUGGUUUGGUAUGGCUGUUGCGUGUCGUUGGUCGUGACCACUCUAUGGCAAAGUUACUGUGAUGGUUGGUAAGUUUCACGCCAAAGGCCCUGGUUCAAAACGGUAUCGAUGAAAUGGAAUGUCUCAGGCUCGGUUCAGUGUCAUUUUCCUGAGCGGGUCCGAUCCUUGAAAGAUCAGGAUGGAUGGGUGAGGGAGGGGGGGGCAGCCCAGUGGAUUUGUGAAUGGCUUGAGCGAUCUAAUCGAGAAGACAACCCUAGGGUCAUCUAGAUUGCUUUGACUUACAGAAUGGUGUGGGCAAUCCAGUAUGACUGAAGCAAUCAAGGAUGUUAACCAGAAGACUGUAUGUUGGGGUGUGUUUCCACAAGAGUUAAGUGUGACUUUAGGCCGUUUUCAUACUGAAGGCGAAGUGGGGUUUCUCCGGAGUAACUCUCGAUUGAGUUGAUACACUUGUACUGUUGACUGACAUUACACCCCCUUUCAAACUGGCAAGCUCCACAGCGGUGUAUCCGCAGUCGUUUCCGUGGUUUCCAAGCGAGUUCGUGCCAUAUGUGUGGCACGCGGAAUCUCCCCCAUGCGGAAAUUAAUGAAGUUACGUGCAAGAUAGGUGAUACCGCACUUCCGAUGUGGACUAACUCCGUUUGUAACCCUCUUCUUGAAGUGGGUCGAGUAAUCUGCUUUGAAUCCGGGUCAAAAUAAACCGAGAAUUUUUAUACUGCCCUCCAAAGUGGAGUAACUCCUUCUUGACUCCGGAGUAACUCCACCUCGGCUGUCAGUAUGAAAGUGGUAUUAGUGUCAAGCCUAAAUUUUUGUCAUGAACAUUUUUGUGAAUAGCACCAAGACCUUGGAGCUUUGCCAAACCAAUGAGAGUAAUCCAACUGGCUUUGGACACGACUGUGAACACUCAUAAAUUUUACGUCUUGGCCAGUAUAGUAGAUAAGUAUGAGGAUAGGGAGGUGAAUGUAAGCAUGAUAAUGAAGAUGUUUGGUUCAACCUUCAUUAGUAGUACCAUUUGAUGUCAAAUGAAAUAGAAAAUAGAUGGGAGCAUAUGAUCUAAUUAGAGUGGAAAGAUCUUGGCCCCAUCUUACAAAGAGUUACGAUUGAUCCAAUCAACCACAACUAUGGAAAACCAGCAACUAUCUAAAACACAUGCUUGUUCAAUAUAUUUUCUAGAUAUAAUGUAUAUUCAUACACUGAUAGUUUUCUUGAAACUUCAGUGUGCUUCUUUUUGUUCACAAAGGACAUUGUGCAAAUAUCCUGUAGAAAAAAUUAUGACGUUGGUGGAUUUCCAUAUACAUGUAGUUGAGGAUUGAUCGGAUCAAUCGCAUCUCUUUGUAAGACGGGGCUAUUCAGUGAAGUAUGUCCGCCCCCUCCCCUUUUGUAUGUGGGUCUAUCCCAAAAUGAUCCAUUCCUAACUUAGUACUUUGUGUGAUAAGGUGUAAUGCUCUCAAACGAUCAUGGCUUGAGUAUUUUGUGUAGUGAAGUAAAAAUUGAGGAAAUAGUGAGUCAGACUUUGUUACAAAAUGGUGGAUUAUUCUAUGGAAUUUGCUCGUUGAUGGAUCUGUUUGAUCCAUCAACGAGCAAUAUAGUGGCAUAAUCAUCAUUGGUCUCAGAAAAAGCUGUAUUUCAGAUAUACAUGUAUGGUGGAAAGGUGGAAACAUCCUAUUGUCUGAAAAACAAUCUUAUUCCAGAAUAGACCCAUUUUUAGGCAAACAAAUAAUGCCACUUAAAACAUGUAUGUCAUUCCUCUAAAGGCAACUUUUUCUCUGAACUGUUCUUGAAAUUUUCAUACUUUGAGAUACCAGUUUAUUAGAGCCCAGUGAUGAUACAGGUCCUCUCCAAUGUCUUGUGUACAUACGAUUUUAGAUGACAGAUUGUGCAUUUCUGUACCAUAGAUAUCAAAGACAUAUUUUUGACAGUAUCAUUCAUGUUCAUCUAUGAUUUCUUAAUACAAAUUUGACAAAAUUCACUCUUUUUUCUCUAAAAUCUAAAAAAAAAAAAAACUCUAAAAUUACUUUGAUGGAAAGCUUGCAAAUAAUGUUCAUGUUUGCAAGCAUCUCAUCAAGCUUUUUUUCCUAUUUUUCCUGCUAUGGUAACAAUUUGAUAUCAGGGUAGACUUCACAUCUUUUGUAAGUAUUUAUGUUUCUACUUCAGUAACUAGAAAAAAAAUCUAUAUUAAAAUAUUUUAAAAAAUAUCUCCAAGUACUUCAUGUUGAUAUGAGGGUAUGGAAUUUGAGAUAAUGUUGCUGCAAAUAGCAACAAUAACAUGAUAAACUAAUUGGCCUACCCUAUUGAGGCUAUUAUUAAGUUUACCACUCCUACAUGUAUACUAACUAUUUCAUAUGUUUGUUUCUUAUACAUAUAUGAACAUGUAUUGAGUGGGGUCCUAUUUCAUAAAGACUUAUUAUAAUAUAAAAAUAUAUCAGGCUUUGAGAAAGUAUAGCGGGAAUUAUUUAUCCGAGGUUGGACUGGCAAUCACUAUUUUCUCCAAGGGGCGAAGCCCCAAGGAAAAAUAGUUAUUAUUGCUAGUCCAACCAAGGAUUAAUAAUUCCCACUAUGCUUUCGAAGGAAACGCCUGAUAUAUUUGUUUUAUAUCCCUCUUUAACUUGUAGACCUAGCCCUUGCUGAUGUGUAAUCUAGACCAGUUUUCACGUUGCCGAACCUAGUCCUACAAUGUAACUUUUAGGCCUCUCGAGCUAAUGAUAACCAGUUCCUGGGUAGGGUAGGCUGCGCACGGCCUCUACCCGACUGCAGUGAAUGAGACCAUGAGAGGUCCGCUGUGCUGCGUCGGUGUAGUUGCACUCAAGUUGUAAAUGCGCAGGCUAAAUAUAAUGGAUCUUGACUCACCUUGUUAUUUCAGAUGAAUGUAAAUUUAUUGUGACAUUAGGAGAAACAAGAUCAUUGAAACUUUGUAGUUGAGCUAUUCAAGAUCAAUAUAAGAUUAUGUGGCUGAA